GGCUGGAAAAUCGACCAAUGGAUGUUCCUGUUGCAGACGUAGUGACUUCGUUUGAUUCGGCGCAGAUCGGCGGUAGUCUCUCUUUUCUCUAGUAUUCUAAAGAUCCGGGUUCUUUCUGCAUCGCAGCAAGAUGGGUAUCUCUCGGGAUCAUUGGCAUAAGCGGAGAGCCACUGGUGGAAAGAGAAAACCCAUUCGCAAGAAGAGGAAGUUUGAAUUAGGACGUCCAGCUGCAAACACCAAGCUUGGUCCACAGCGGAUUCAUACUGUCCGUACGCGUGGAGGUAAUAAAAAGUACAGAGCACUUAGAUUGGACACAGGAAACUUUUCCUGGGGCUCUGAAUGCAGUACCAGGAAAACUCGUGUUAUCGACGUUGUUUAUAAUGCAUCAAACAAUGAGUUGGUGCGAACCAAAACUUUGGUCAAGAAUGCUAUUGUCACCAUUGAUGCCACGCCAUUCAGGCAAUGGUAUGAAGGACAUUAUGUACUGCCACUGGGCCGCAAAAGGGGUGCUAAACUGACUGAGGCUGAAGAGGAAGUGCUGAAUAAGAAGCGAUCUAAAAAGGCAGAAACCAAAUACAAGGCCAGACAGCGAUUUGCCAAGGUUGAACCUGCCUUGGAAGAACAGUUUGCAACGGGACGUGUUCUUGCUUGCAUAGCAAGUAGGCCUGGUCAAUGCGGUAGAGCUGACGGUUACAUCCUCGAGGGCAAAGAGCUCGAGUUUUAUAUGAGGAAGAUUAAGAGCAAGAAGGCUAAAUAAAUAUAAUUAUGAUUCAUUAAUAAAACACGAUCUUGAAAUACAGAAGAACUUUAUCUCA